AUGGCAUUUUUGACCCAACUUUCAGACUCGUACGCAGAAGUCUUUGAUGCCAUCGACAGCCUCCGAGAUGCAGGUAUCCGGAGCGAGCUCAUCCCGAAGCUCGUUGUCAUCGGAGACCAGAACAGCGGCAAGAGUUCCGUGCUCGAGGCCAUCUGCAAUAUACCCUUCCCAGUCAAAGAGGGUCUCUGUACCCGAUUUCCCACCGAAGUGGUCCAACGCAAGUCGAGCGAGGAGUCGAUGACCGUGACCAUCGUCACCGGAGAUGGCGCUGUGGGGAACAGCGUUCUUGCGCGGUUCUCGAGGCAGCUUUCCUUGGACGACUCAGAGGGCUUGGCUGCUGCGAUUGAGGAGGCAUCCUCUCUAAUCAUGGAUCACCCUCCAGGCUCAACUGAAAAGAGACAUUUCAGUGGCAAGGUACUCAAGAUCACAGUAUCAGGUCCUGAGAGAUACCCACUCACCAUCGUCGACCUUCCCGGGCUUUUUUACUCAUCUACGAGCGGCCAGAAUCAAGACGACAAAGUUUUUGUGAACAACAUGGUGCAGAAAUACAUCAAGGAGCCACGCAACGCCCUCCUCCCUGUUCUCAGCGCCAGUGACGCGUGGACGAACAUGCUCAUCCCUCAGCAGAUCAAGGAGACCCAUGCGGAUUCCGACGGCAAGAGGAGCCUUGGGAUAAUCACUAAGCUCGACAAGUUAUGCGACCGGCAAGAACGGGAAACAUGGCUCACGCUCACAAACGAGGGAGACUGGAAACCCCAGCACGGUUGGCAUUUCCUCAGAAACAGAACUCACAAUGAGAGAAUGAGCGGACAAGAUCGCGACACGAUUGAGGCUGAAUUCUUCAGAGAGAAUCUCCUAACGACGGACGAAGAGUGCAAGGGAAUUGCGCAUUUGCGACCAAGACUCAGCACAUUCCUGGCAAGUCAGAUCCAACGGCACCUUGACAGUCUUAUCGUCGAAAUUAAAGGACAAAGAGACCAUCUCAACCGUAAAGUCAACCUCCUGGGUAAGGGGAGGACAUCGGAGCAAGUGCAGCGUGACUAUUUGGCACGCAUGGCCGGAGAUUUCCAAACGUUAUGUUGCAGCGCUGUCAAUGGUCACUACGGGGAGGGAACCGUGCCAGUUCGACUACAAACCUUUUUCAACGACCCGAAAGACCCAGGAGGCCUCAGCCAAAGGAGCCAGGAUAAGCGACUACAAGCCGUGGUGAGGGUUAUGAAUCUGUUGUUCAACUCUGCAAUGAAGGAGAAAGGGAAGCUUACGAAAGUUUCGGAACCCGACUCCAAUGACGAAUCUGUGAGCGACACUACCAGCGAUACUACCGACGACAUUGCCGGCGACGGUUUUGUUCUAAAAAGAGGCCGGAAGAAUGGACAUGAAGAAGAAUCUGAAAGCAAACUCAAAGGAGAAUAUGACGAUGGUGAAGACGACCAGUAUCGAGGGCACCUAAAUUGGGAGAUCUUACGUCCAGAAACCUAUCAAGAUUACGAGUCUUUCGACGAGCCCUAUCAAGAGAGUUACGAGAGUUUCAAAGAGAGAGUGAUGGAUAUGGCGGCCAAAUGGAGGGGGACGGAAAGUUUGGACGAGGUCAACCCGGCUAUGAUUUCCCGCCUUUUUCGCCAGGAAACUUCUCGAUGGGAGGCCAUAUCUAGUCGUCACCUGGAGCUUGUGUGGGGGGCCAUUGAUCGGUUUGUGCAUUUGGCGCUGCAGCAUUCCAUUCAGCCUUCGCUUCUUCCAUACCUCAAGCGGUACAUCAUCAACGGUCGCCUGGAAAAGCUUCGUCACAGCGCAGAGGAGAAGUUGGAGGAGCUUCUACGAUGCCAUAACGGGAUGAAUCCUGCUUUCCAUGAUUUCAUGUGUGAGCUAGGGGAUAACCCCCAAGAAUCUAGCAGAGAUCCGCCAUCGCAAGUUAUCGGCGAGAAGGUCCGAGAACAAUGUGAGAAUGCCCUUUCAUCGGAAGUCAUGGAGAAUAUCGUCCGAACAGCUUUCACUUCUGCCGGGCUAAGCACUCCCCAAAGUGCACUGGCCAAUAUCUUGCUAGACAAGGUCAAAGAAACCAUCCUGGAGCCUGCAGUCAAAGACGGUGGCCAAGACCAGCCAGAUGUCUCCAAGCAACCUGGCCCUCAGGAGAUUGCGGUACGUCGUGCUAUUUCGACAAUGGAUAACUACUACAAGUUGUCUUCCUUAUCUUUUGUGCUGUAUGUCAAUGCUCUGGUGAUCCAGAGCGGUCUGCUGGAGAAGCUCCCAUACGAGAUUUUCACCCAUGAUAUAAUCUCAGAGCAAGAUGCAGAUACAAUCUCAAAAAUUGCCGGCGAGAAGGAACAUGAGAUCAAGAAGCGCACUGAAUGCGAGAAAAAGCUGGCUAUCUUGACGAAAGCACUCACCUGUCUGGAGGACUUCCAAGCCAAGUUUUCUGGACCGGCUGUUUGGUGA